AGAGAAGAGGAGGAUAAGAAUUAAGAGAAGAAGAAGGACUAUGGGAAUAUCAUCCUUUAUGAAAAAGUGUUACAAACUCGAAUGAAACAAGGACGCAAAUCGAAUGUCAUCAACAUCGAUGAUCUAUUAAUCAUCGCAAAGCUCUUCAAGAUGAAUCAGCAAUGCAAGGUGUGCGGUGAACCCGCGGCUGGUUUCCACUUUGGCGCGUUCACCUGCGAGGGCUGCAAGUCAUUUUUCGGUAGAUCGUACAACAACUUGAACAGCAUCUCUGAAUGCAAAAAUGGUGGAGAAUGCGUGAUAAACAAGAAGAACCGUACAGCUUGCAAGGCGUGCCGUUUAAGAAAAUGUUUAGUGGUUGGAAUGUCCAAAUCGAGUUCUCGUUAUGGACGCCGAUCAAAUUGGUUUAAGAUUCAUUGUCUAUUGCAAGAACAACAACAACAGCAACAACAACAAAGACAACAACAGCAGCAGCAGCAAGCCCAACAACAACCUCAACAACAGCAACAGGCUCAACAACAACUUCUUUAUCCUCAAAAUUUGCCUGUUAAUCCUCAACUUUCUCAACAGCAACGAAAAGCAAUAAGUCCACCGGUCGGUCUACAUCCUAACCAAAGAAAGGAAGAUUCUCUGUUACUUGGCUUAGAUGAUUAUAAGAAUUCAACAUCUCCUAGUAUAAGUUCCCCGGAAUCACACAAUAGCGAUAGUUCGGUUGAAAUAUCUGAAAGAAGGGCAUCUUAUGCCGGGCAUCCGGGUUUCCGCCCAAUGCAUUCCCAUUUAUCACACUCUGUUGCCGAACUUUCAGCAUUGGGUAAAGAAAUGAUGAGCUUACCAUUUGGUUUCCAUCUCAGUGGAAUGUCCCUAAUCCAGCCAGCCUUUUUGCCACCGCCAGGCCUGACGAUGUUUCCACCUUAUCACCUUUACGGUACUCAGCAUGGUGCUUCGCAUCCUUUGAUGCAAACCUGUCCCUCGCCAAACGUUCAAAGCAAUUCACCAAUACACGAUGAAAUGUCAUCAACGAUACCAGAACCACCAACGACUACUACUACAACAGUUACCGUAUCAUCAACGACACUUGGCACCGAAACAAUGACCACCGAUUACAAAAAUUUUGCUAACAAUAAUAAUAAUAGGGACGUACACAAUCAAAACGUUCGGCCGACGAAAGAUAACAAUUCGUCUACCGAAAAUUACAACAAAAGAUAUUAUUUGGAUACAGUGUUAAAAAGACAACAACGUUCUACGCGAGACAGUCCAUCACCAAGAUCGAUUAAAUCCCAAUCCGAUCGAGAAUCGUCAACCUCCUCGUCACCCGAUAUGGACAUUGAUUUCACACCACAGGAUAUUCCUAUUGAUCUAUCAAUGAAAUCAAGUCUCGAUUCUAACGAGGAAGAUGAAGAGUUAGAUAUUAAAGAAGAAAGUGACAGUUAUGGGCCACCCUUGAAGAAAAAACCUGCCCCUAUCGAUCUCACUACGAGAUCUUAAAUUUCUAGCUUUUAACGUGAAAAAUUAAUGAUAUUUCGAUGACUCGACAAAACCCAGUUUUUCUUUUCGAGGAAUGUCAAAGAAACAAAACUGAAUACUGCUUUUCUUUACCCUAUCAUAAUAGUGUUUAUGAACAAUUUAUUUGUCAUUUUUCAUUCAUUCACUAACUCUCUCUCUCUCUCUCUUUCUUUCUUUCUUUCUUUCACCCUUCCGCUUUCCCUAUUUCUAUUCUUUCUAGUCUACCGAAAAUCUUUCCUUAUACCGUGAGAAAGGUCAUAUUGUUCUAUUCUACUAUAAUCUGCCGGUAUGUGUGAAAUAAUACACGCUUAGAGUUAAGCAUAAGCAAAACGGUGAAAUCGAAAAUUGCUGUCGGCACUCAAUGGACUUUGACAAGAUACUUAUUCUACGGACCCCUGUGUUAUACUUAAUUGUAUUCGCGUUUCUAUUUGAAUUACUCAAUGGAUUCUAUCUGUUACCUGCAGAUAUAAACAAAGAGAAACACAAAGAUUAAAAAAACAGAAAGAAAGAAAGAAAGAGAGAGAAAGAUCAAAAAUACAAACGAAAGAAAAAACUACAAGAUUUCUAACGUGAGAUCCAUCAAUUGCAUUAUUCUAAUACCAAUAUUAUUAUUAUUAUUAUUAUUAUUAU